AUGUCAUUGCUGGAGGAUUAUAGCAUAGCAUCGUAUCGAGUUACGAUCGACAAGGCCCCAAGAUGGCUGGCAACCGACUUGAGAGAUGGCAAUCAGAGUCUGGUCGACCCAAUGAAUGGUGACGAAAAAUGGAGAUUCUUCAAGAUGUUAGUCGACCUUGGUUACAAGGAGAUCGAAGUAUCCUUCCCUUCUGCGUCGCAAACCGAUUUCGACUUUACGAGGCGAUUAGUCGAGACCCCCGGUGCCGUACCCGACGACGUCUGGCUGCAAGUAUUAGCACCGUGCCGCGAAGACCUCAUCCGCCGCACUGUCGACUCCCUUAAGGGCUCGAAGAAGGCUCUCCUACACAUUUACCUCGCGACAAGCGAAUGUUUCCGACGGAUUGUGUUUGGAUUCACUGAAGAAGAAAGCAUCGAAAGGGCGGUAGCAUGCACCAAGUAUGCUCGCUCAAUUACCAAAGAUGACCCAGAACAAGCUGGUACGGAAUGGGCUUUCGAGUUCAGCCCUGAGACCUUCUCAGACACUAGCCCAGAAUUCGUCAUCCGGAUUUGCGAAGCUGUCAAGGCCGCAUGGGAGCCCACAGUCGAGAACCCUAUCAUCUUCAAUCUCCCGGCCACUGUCGAGAUGGCGACGCCGAACGUCUACGCAGACCAAAUCGAGUACUUCUGUACCAACAUCAGCGAACGAGAGAAGAUAUGCGUCUCUUUACACCCGCAUAACGAUAGGGGUUGUGCCGUCGCUGCUGCCGAGUUGGCACAAAUGGCGGGAGCUGACCGUGUAGAGGGAUGUCUCUUCGGAAACGGUGAGCGGACGGGAAAUGUCGACCUAGUCACAUUAGCCUUGAACCUCUACACGCAAGGUAUCCACCCCAAUAUCGACUUUUCUGAUCUGAACCGCGUUGUCGACACAGUGGAGAUUUGCAAUAAGAUCCCUGUCCACCCCAGGGCGCCGUAUGGUGGAUCUCUCGUUGUAUGCGCCUUCAGUGGUUCCCACCAAGACGCCAUUAAGAAGGGGUUUAUGCAGCGGGAGCAGGAGGGCAAGUCAUACGAGGACCACUGGCAGAUGCCGUAUCUUCCCCUCGACCCGCAGGAUAUUGGCCGCACAUACGAAGCUAUUAUCCGUGUCAACUCGCAGAGCGGCAAGGGUGGAGCUGCCUGGAUCAUCCUGCGCAAGCUCCAGCUUGACCUUCCUCGAGGCCUUCAAAUCGCAUUCAGCAAGGUAGUGCAGAAGAGGGCAGACGAGUUAGGCAGAGAACUCCUGUCGGCUGAGAUCACCGAUCUCUUCGAGCGAACGUAUUUCCUCCAGGAGCACCCUCGAUUCAACAUAAUCGAUUACUCCAUCUCGUUUGAUCGAUCAUCGUCCCCGGUUCCACCGGCGCCGGGUACCACACAAGACACUAAAAACCUGGCCCGUGUCUUCGAAGGUGUCGUCGCUAUUGACGGCAGGGAAUACCAGCUUCGGGGGCGUGGCAAUGGUCCUAUUUCGUCUCUGGCGAACGCUCUGAAAGGCAUAGGCAUUGAUUUGGAUGUUGCUGACUACAAAGAGCACGCUAUAGGUGGCGGCCGAGAAGUCAAAGCAGCUACGUACAUUGAAUGUACGGCUUCUGGCACAUCACAGAAAGUUUGGGGUGUUGGUAUCCAUGAAGAUGUUGUGCAGAGCUCUCUUAUAGCUCUCCUGAGCGCAGCUAGCAACUUCAUCCUUAGUCGACCGGGAAGUCCCGUCCUGAAUAAGCAUGCGUCGCAGCCAAGCGUCAGCCAGGAGCUGAAGCUUGACUACAGCGCUCACAUAAACGGGAAUGGCAGUGCCCAUGACGCCCCAUCCGAAACGGUUCAGGUCUUAGAAGCUAAGGCAAAUGGGAUGUAA